AUGACACUCCUUCAGAGAUCCUGUCAAGCUUGUGUCAAAGCCAGACGUCGCUGCAAUCUCGCCACCCCUUGUUGCGAAAGAUGCUCCACCAAACGCAUCAAAUGCUGCUACAUCAACCAACCAGCCCCUGCAGCUGCUGGUACACGCCAUACAAGCAUGAUCAAGCCCAUCAGACAACCGCAAAGAUUGAGGGAUCUCUCAAAUGAACAGAACCUAUCGUUCCUUGUUCUCAGUGGGGAACUAGACACUGGCUUACAAAUACGCAUUCGACAAGUUCUCCGCGAUGGGUGUUAUCGAGGAUCUCGGCCUCCACUCACAGCGCUACAAGUCCACGAGCCAAGUAUCGUCAGCAAGUCUUUGAAUGAUGGAGUUCGCAUAUUUAAUCCUUUACACCUUGAAGUCGUGCGCGUUUUUGAUCCAACCACACUUCAUCAGUUGUCAGACAUUCUAUGUAGCUUCCCAGCCGAGUUUGCAGAAAACAAUAAGACAGCCUUUAUCCAUUCUGGUAUAUAUGCACCAUGUCUACCGCAUCAACUCCAGCAGGUUCGAGACAUAUGCUAUAGUUACGAAGUCGGCGGAGAGUAUCUCGAAAACCAUCGACUCGAAGCUCUACGCUCUACAAUUUGUCGAUUGCUUCGCUCCGCAACACGCACUUCGUCGUUCGGAGAUACACUAGCCUACGCUCAAGCAAUAAGUCUCGCACAAAUUAUCCGUCUUCUAGUUUGCAAAGAUUCAGCUGAAGAUCAAGUAGAACGCGAUAACAAAGACAUGUGGGCACUCACACAUCAGCUUUGGCAACAUGCGCCCAUACAAUUACCAAGCACGUUGAGUCCUUGGCAAGCAUGGCUAUUCUCCGAAAGUGUCCGUCGAACUAUUAUGGUGUGCAACAUACUUCUUGCGGUGUAUAGCUCGUUAAAGAGAGGUUAUACGAUGCAUUCGCUUUGUGUUGAGGCUUUGCCGUUUGAUGUACGCACGCACCUUUGGGAUGCUGAAACGGAGGAAGAGUGGGAGCUUGGCACGUUGAGAACUGCGAGUCCGUCAUUGGUAACGCUAAACCAGUUCGCUUCGCAACUAGUCGUUCGUCCUGGCUCGAGGUUUGAGGAUCUUUUGGUGCAAGCAUUUGAAAGAUGA